UGGGUCUCUAUCUCUAUCUCUCUCUCUCUCUCUCUCUCUCUCCCCUCUCUGUGCAAGUGUUGUUUAUCUCUCUAAAAACAAUUUUCUCUCUCCUCUCAAACAUUAACUGGUGUUGCGGCGGGAGAGAAGGAAGUGAAAGAGUGGAAGUUAACAAUUCCUCUGCUUCUACGUAAGUGGUGUUUUGUUUUCUUCUUCAGUUUUUCUCUCUAGCUUGUGAAUUCAUUUCUUUCUCUUCCUUGUUGACUUCUCUUUCCCACCAAGCCCAAGUUUGUUUUUUUUUUUUUUUUUGGGUUCUGUUUUCUUUGUGUGUGUGUGUGUGAGUUUUGAGAAACCGUCUUAUGAUUUUUCAGUGCACAAUUAAGGUGGGCCAUGUAUAAUUAUUUAUGUUUCAAGGUUAUGCGAGUUGGGUUGUGUUCAAAAUCUGUAACUCAGUAGAUUUUGCUGCAAAUUUGCGAUCUUUAUAUGGAACUGAUUUGAGUGAAGCAACCACAGGAACAUUUAACGAGUUCUCAUAUAUUUGAUGCAUCACGAUACAUUCAUGUGAAGUUUUGAGGGACUCCAUUCUGCUGUAACCCGAGCCACCAGAUUGUACCGCCACUUUCUUUAGGCCUGUCUGAAAUCCCAUUCAUGAGUACUGGAGGGAAAGAAAAAACCGCGUGGAAACUUCCUGGCAGAACUGAUGCGUAUCACGCAUCUAGCGAUGCUAGCUUGUUUUCUUCUUCAUUGCCCGUGCUUUCACAUGAGAAGCUUAAUUUUAGUGCAUCCAAUCAAAUUGGUGUGUCGCUGGAUGACGGCUUUCCUAGCCUUAGCAAGCUACGGCUACAAGAAGAAGUAUUGGAUCCACUCGAAGAAAUUGAUCCGGGUAUAACAGGAACUUUUCUCCCUGGUGAUGAAGAUGAGCUUUUGGCUGGCCUUAUGGAUGAUUUUGAUCUCUCCGGAUUGCCGACUCAACUUGAGGACUUGGAUGAUGAUUUUUUUGGAAGCGGAGGGGGAAUGGAAAUUGAACAUGAAACUCAAGAAAAUUCAGUUAAUGGAAUAUCAAGGUUAAGUAGUGACUCUAUUGGUAUUAGCAGCAUUCCGCAAUUUGGUUUUGCAAAUGGUGUUGGAUCGGUUAGUGGUGAACAUCCAUACGGCGAGCACCCUUCGAGGACUUUGUUUGUUCGCAAUAUAAACAGUAAUGUGGAAGAUUCUGAACUGAAGACUCUCUUUGAGCAAUAUGGAGAUAUCAGAACUCUUUAUACUGCAUGUAAGCAUAGGGGAUUUGUGAUGAUAUCUUACUAUGACAUCAGAGCUGCUCGAAGUGCGAUGCGUGGCUUACAAAAUAAGCCCCUGAGACGAAGGAAACUUGACAUCCAUUUCUCAAUUCCAAAGGACAAUCCGUCUGAAAAAGAUGUCAAUCAGGGAACUUUAGUGGUGUUCAAUUUGGAUGCUUCUGUAUCCAAUGACGACCUUCGCCAAAUUUUUGGUGCUUAUGGGGAAGUGAAGGAGAUAAGGGAAACACCACACAAACGACACCAUAAGUUCAUCGAGUUCUAUGAUGUCAGAGCUGCAGAUGCAGCCCUGAAGGCUUUAAAUAGAUGUGACAUAGCUGGAAAGCGCAUAAAGCUUGAACCUAGCCGGCCUGGUGGUGCUCGUCGCAGCUUAAUGCUGCAACUGAGCCAAGAUCAGGAACUAGAUGAAGCUCGAGGUCUCCGACAUCCAAUCGGCUCACCUCUAGGCAACUCUCCUCCAGGUAUUUGGCCAAAUUUUGGCAGCCCGGUCGAGCAAAAUUCCUUGCAUGGUUACAGUCAGUCGCCUACUUUGCUCAGCCCCGUCGGAAGCACUCACUUGUCUGGUUUGGCUUCAAUUCUUCCUUCUCAUGUAUCAAGUCCUGUGAAGAUUUCACCCAUCGGUAAAGAUACCGCCCGAAUGAGCCAUCCGAACCAGGUAUUUACUAACGGCACGCAUGGAGCAGCCCAUCAGCAACACUUCUCUGUUCCGGACCCGAUGAUAAGUUUAAGUCCUGGAGCUACUUCAUCAUUUAGUGAUUCCAAGCCAUCCAGUGUCGGAACGCUCUCCGGUCCUCAGUUUCUGUGGGGAAGUCCCACUAUCCACUCCGACCACAUUAACUCUUCGGCGUGGGCAUCUUCGCAGAAAGGGCGCCCGUUUCCUUCUAGAGCACAGGGAAUCGGAUUUCCAUACACGAGUCAGCACGGUCCUUUUCAUGGUUCACAUCAUCUUCACGUUGGAUCUGCUCCAUCUGGUUUUCAAAUGGAAAGACAUUUUGGUUUUUUCCCCGACUCCCCUGAACCGUCGUCCUACCUAAAUCAUGCAGCAUAUGGAGUUCCAAAUUUUAGUCACGGUAACGGGAAUAGAGUCCCUGCGGCUAUCAACCUAGGCGUUGGUUAUGCUGGAAAUUUCGCUGAAAGUGGUUCUCCUAGUUCCCGGAUGAUGUCGAUGUCAAGAAAUGGUCCUAUAUAUUUUGGAGGCAUGGGAUCUGCUGGUAAUGAUGGAACAAUAGAUCGUGGUCGAAGAAGGGCUGAUAAUGGAAGCCAAAUGGAUAACAAAAGGCAAUACCAACUUGAUUUGGAAAAGAUCAGAAAUGGUGAAGAUACUAGGACUACUCUGAUGAUUAAGAACAUCCCAAACAAGUACACUUCGAAGAUGCUUCUUCUAGCUAUCGAUGAAACGCACAAGGGUGCAUAUGAUUUUCUCUAUUUGCCAAUAGACUUCAAGAAUAAGUGCAAUGUUGGAUAUGCCUUCAUCAAUAUGGUUUCUCCUUUUCACAUCAUCUCCUUCGUCGAGGCAUUUAAUGGCAAGAAAUGGGAGAAGUUUAAUAGCGAAAAAGUUGCUUCGUUGGCAUAUGCAAGAAUCCAGGGGAAAGUCGCCCUCGUUUCACAUUUUCAAAAUUCAAGUUUGAUGAACGAAGACAAGCGGUGUCGACCAAUUCUUUUCCAAUACGAGGGCCAAGAGUCUGAUGAUAUGGCAACCUUCUCGUCCGGCAAUCUGAAUAUUUUUAUCCGUCAGCCAGAUGGGUCUUACCUAGGAGACUCUCUCGACAGCCCAAAGGGCGAUCCGGACGAGAGGCUGUACGGAAGCUAACAUGCUCGUGGAGUAACCGAUUCUAGUAAGACUUUCGUGGUAGAGUAUGUGCUCGACUCUCUUGUACAGUUUUCGCAUUUAUUGAAGUUCCGUGAUCGUGUCCACUUUUUGUGAUGGAUGCUCGAAAAGACAUGAGUUGGUUUUUAACAAUGGGAGAAGAAGUUGGUGAAGCUGUCCAUUGCUGUUUGCUCAUUCUCUGCUUUUUCCCAAAAUUAAUCUUUUUUCUCACCUUGUUUUGUGUUGGUCUCCAUUUCUAGCUAUGUAUAGAAGAAGUUUCUAGAAUUGGCUGAGAUUUGGUGAAAAAUGUAUAGCAUAGAGUAGUAGGUUUGUGUGUGGUCAUGUACUAAAUGGAAUCAUGGAUUUAUGACAUGAAUGUUUAUACUCUAA